AUGAAAUUGCUAAUAUUACUGUUUUUAACUAAAAUGAUUUAUUGUAAAAUAAAAAGUUAUAUGAGAACAGAAUAUAAUUAUAUAUUACCUUUAGUGAAAAAGAAAAAGUUAUAUAAUCAUAAAAUUAAUUUUAAUGUAAAAGUUUUUAAGAAUUUUACAAAGAACUCUUCAAAUAGACAUAAUGAUUUGUUGUAUGUAUAUUUUAAAAAAUGCUUAUCGUUUCCAAAGAAAUCAAAUAAUAAUGAAAAAAAUGAAAAAUUAGAUGAUGAAGUAAGCACAAAUAGUGAAGAAAAGGAAAUAUCAAAAAGAAAAAUUACAAAUGAUACAAAUAUAAAAACAAAGAGAUUAAAAGGAAAAAAUGAAAAUGAAAUAAAAAAGGGGUCUUUAUUUAAUUGUAUUGUAAAUGAAGAGGAAAAAAUAAAUGACUUAGCAUCUCCUAAAUUUAAUCCCGUUUAUUUUGAUGUAAGUAAUUUAUAUUUAUCUGAAAAAGAUAAAGCAAAACAUAAGUUUAAAGAUUCUUUAUUAUUUACCUUUCUUACAAAUACUUUUAAUAAAAUAGAAGAAUUAAAAGGUAGUGGGACAGGUAGUAAAAAAAAUGUAUCAAUUAUUUUAUCUAAUGUCUUUAGGGUUCUAAUAUAUUAUAGCCCUAAUGAUCUAAUUCCUGCUAUUUAUAUAACAUUAAAUAAAGUUGCACCUGAUUACUUAAAUGUAGAGGCCGGAGUGGGGGAAGCAUUAAUUUUAAAAACAAUGUCAGAAGCAUAUAGUAGAACCGAAGCAAGUAUAAAAAAAGAUUUACAACAAAUUGAGGAUUUAGGAAUAAUAGCAGAAAAUUGUUCUUGCAAAAUGAGAACUAUUUUUCCUUUACCUCGUUUAACUAUUCAAUCAGUAUUUAAUGAAUUGAAAAAUAUACCAAAUCUUAGUGGGUCUAAUUCUCAACAAAAAAAGAGAGAAGUAAUAAAAAAAUUAUUAGUUAGCGCAAAAACUAGUGAAGCUAAAUAUAUAGUUCGAUUUUUGCAACAGCGUUUAAGAAUAGGAGUAAAUUGUGCUACCGUCUUACAAGCAUUAUCAUAUGCUUUUAUUUUAACUCGUCCUUCUAUACCUGAGGAUAUUAGAAAAAAAGGGAUAAUGAUAAACGAAGAUUUAAUAAAAUCAGAUAUAAACGAUAAUAGUAAUGAUUACAUAAUUAAGAAAGAAAAUAAUAUGGAAAAAAAUGGUAUUAAAGAAGAAAAUGAUGAAGAAAAAAAAAAAGAUAACAAAGUAGAAAAAAAAGAAAAUUUUGAAAAUAUAAAAAUGGAAGAAGAAAAUCCUAAUAAUUUGUGUGAUUUCGAUUCUCUAAUUAAUUCCAUUAAAGUAAGGAAUGAAAAAAUUAAUAAACCCAAUUUAUUUUUUAACAUAGGAAAAGAAGGAGACACUCGUCUACUACCAAUAUUUAAGGAAUUAAAAAAAGCUUAUUGCGAAAGUAGUGAUAUGGAUAUCUUUGAAUGCAUGGAAAAAUCAGUAAAAGGUGCUUUGUGUGGAUUACCAAAUAUUGAGAUUAUUGUUCAGAAUUUAUUAAAUGGAGAUGAUAUGAACACUUUAAGUAAAAAAUGUACUGUUAAAACAGGGGUUCCUGUUCAACCUAUGUUAGCAAAGCCAACAAAAGGAAUACAAGAAGUUUUAGAUAGAUUUAACAAUGUAACAUUUACAUGCGAAUAUAAAUAUGAUGGAGAAAGAGCUCAAAUUCAUUACUUAGAUAAAAAUAAUAUAAAAAUAUUUAGUAGAAAUUUAGAAAAUAUGACUGAAAAAUAUCCAGAUGUUAUUCAAAUAGUGAAAGAUCAAAUUGUAGAUUCUGUAACAGAAUGUAUUAUUGAUAGUGAAGUUGUUGCUUAUGAUAUGGAAAGUAAAAAAAUUUUACCUUUUCAAGUAUUAACAACAAGAAAAAGAAAAGACGUAGAUAUUGAAAAUAUUAAAGUAAAGAUAUGUCUUUUUCCAUUUGAUUUAAUUUGUUGCAAUGGUAUAUCUGUUAUAAAGGAGCCUUUAGAAAUUAGAAGAAAACUUUUAUAUUCUUUACUAAAAUCUAAAGAGGGAGUGUUAUCUUUUGCAGUUCAUUCUGAAAUGAAUAAUAUUGAAGAUAUAGAUAUAUUUUUACAAGAUGCUAUUGAAAGUAAUUGUGAAGGUUUAAUGGUUAAAACGUUACUUGAAAAUGCCUCAUAUGAACCUUCGAAAAGGUCUUUAAAUUGGUUAAAAGUAAAAAAAGAUUAUAUUGAAGGAUUAUCAGAUUCAGUUGAUUUAGUUCCUAUAGCUGGUUAUUAUGGAAAAGGAAAAAGAAGUGGGGUAUAUGGAGCAUUCGUUUUAGCUGCAUAUAAUUCGGAAACUGAAAAUUUCCAAACUGUAUGCAAAGCAGGUACAGGGUUUAAUGAUGAAAUAUUAAUUACUUUAUAUAAUUUAUUGAAUGAAAAGAUUAUACCUAAUAAAAAGUCUUAUUAUGAAGUUUCCGACAAGUUAAAUCCUGAUGUGUGGUUUGAUGCGCAUUAUGUAUGGGAAAUAAAAGCGGCCGAUUUAUCUUUAUCACCAGUUCACACGGCUGCUAUUGGAGUAUAUUCAGAUGAUAAAGGAAUUGGUUUAAGAUUUCCUAGAUUUUUGAGAUUAAGAGAAGACAAAAAUGCUGAACAAGCAACAACAACGCAACAAAUAAUUGAUUUUUAUGAAAGCCAAUUUACAUCAAAUAAAAAUAAAAAUAACGAUUUUAAUGAAGAAAGUGAAAGUGACUAA